AUGUUUUUUAACGUCAAGAAAGGGAAGGAGAAGGCGCACGAUGGAGGGGAUGGCGGAGGCAGCGAUGCGGCUCCCAGCGAGGGAAGCCAGAACGGGAUUCUGAACGAUCAGGAAUAUGAGAGUUUGUUCCCGUCGAAUGGACCCUACGGUGGGGUUCCAAGUUGCGUCCCCACGCACGGACCGGAAUACACACACAGUUACAGUCAGAGUCACACACACAGUCACAGUCAUGCAAAUAUUGUCGAAUCCAUGUGCUUCAACGAAAUAAAAAGCAUAGAGGAAGAUGAGUUGUUUGACGAUUCCAAGCACCAGGAUAAGGAUGAACUUAUAACAAAGCUAAGGAGUAAGCUACAAAUAAAAAUAAAAGAUUACAACUUGGUGAUGGAUACGCUAAUAAGGACGAAGGAAGAGUGUGCACAGAGGAAUGAAGAAGUGAAGGAACUACAAAAGAGGAACAGCCAAGUAGAGAAGGAGUGUGCAAAUUUGAAAAAUGUUAUAGAGAGGAAAAACUUAGAAAGUGAUAUGCACUACGGAGGGAAGGGAAUAAUUUUAAACACCGCAGAUGGAGCAGCAGGAGUAGGCACGUUUGCACGUUACAAGAGUGAAUACGAGGAAGUAACGGUUAAAUUAGCCAAAGUGGAAGAAAGGUACAAAGAAAUGAAUCGAAAAAAUGAAAAGCUCAUAGACGAAUGUAACAACAUGAUGAAGGAGAAACUUAAAAUGGAAGCAGAAAUGAAUAAACAAAUGGAUGAAAUAAAAAGGGAAAAUAUCCGUCUGAAGGAAAAAAACGAACAAUUGAAACUGGAGAGGGAACAACUACUGAUCAAGUACCUCCAAAGUGAAAAAAAUAACUUCAAAGGGGUUAGGGAGAACAGAGAAAAAGUAGAAUCCCUGCGAGAAUUAUUACGCAAGGAAGAAACGAUGAGAAAGAACGCAGUGGAAAGUUUAAAUAAAGCAAAGGAUAUUUUGACCAAAUCGCUAGCCACAUCGGAGGCUAGCGUUAAAAAGUUAUUGGCUGUGGAAAAGGAUAGAGAUGCAUUGAAAGAGCAAAACGAUCAUCUAAAAAAAAAAGUGCAACAGUAUAAAACAAAAGUGGAAAACAUGAAAGACGCAUUGAUACAGUUCGAACGGAUGUAUAAAAAAAUUGUCGAAAAAAAUAAUCUCCUCUUUUCCUUUACACAUGAAUUUUUAAAUACAAAAAAUUGCAACGUCAUGAUUCUUCGUUCGACGAACGAUAUUAGACAAGUGUGUGAGAAGAAUAAAAUUGACUCCACCAUGUUUGAGGACGUAAACUGCUUUUCCGCUCUGUACACCUAUGAAGUUAUUUUUAACACCCCCCUCCCUGAUUCGGACGACUCGGCAGACGAUCGGGAUGGGAAAAAAUACGACCAUGAUAAAUAUAUAAAAAUUAAAAAAAAAAAAUUCAAAAGUCUGAAUUAUUUACUGAACGAAGCACAGGUGAAGAUCAUUGCUCUGUCGAGGUCAAACGAGAAAAUGGAAAAGUCAAAUUCCAACGUGAGGAAUAGCAGGUUCAAGGACGACAUGGGUAUGAAUCGCUUUGUCAGGAAAAAUUAUCCCCUGGAUGCGCUUACCCUUCAGGGUGAGAGAACCCACAUGGAAAACCUCCUCCACGAAAAAUUGGAAUACAUCAGAGAGGUAGAAAGCAAACUCAAGGAGAAAGACAGCCUCCUGCAGAAGCUGAAGGAUGCAAACUUUAAAGUCAAAUUGGAGAAAGAGACGCUGCUAAAGGUUAUAUCCUCCAUUUCGAAUCUGUCCUCCUUUGUCCACGUGGAUCAUAAUAACAAGAACUGCUCUAUUGAGAGUCUGAUCGAGGCUGCCGUUAACGACUGCGUGGGUAGGCACGUUAAGGGUGGGUGUUUGGUGGACGACUUCAGUGGAAAGACUCCCUCCAAUGUUAGUAACAAUUCGUUGCUACAGGGUGGAGCACCAGCCACAACAGUUAGUAAUGCUCUUAGUGGGGCGGUCAGUCUGGCUGGCUUCUGCGCCGAUGAGGAUUCAUGCAAGGCAGACCGCAAGCGUGCCCUGGCUGAAAAGGAAGAGGCCUUCCGUCAGAUUUUGGAAAAUCUCGAAAAAGCCAUUGUCAGCAUCGAGAACAAGCAGAUGAGUUACUUCCGUCGGAGCGAUUUGCUGAGUUACUUCGAUGAUUACGUAAUUACGUUUGAGAUUUUUGGUCGCAUCGGAGAGUACAAUGAGGAGUUCCGUGUGGAGCACCUAUUGGAGGAUUGUUCAAUUGAACACCCCACCCUGGGUGGUCAGGCAGAUCCUGUGAUGCUCUCCGCGGAGCUGCACAAAUGGAAGAAGAAGCACUCAGAAGAGGAAUUGCUUCACCAUUUGGAAGAAGCCAAACUGAUUCAGAAGUAUAGGCAGUUCUAUCAGCACCACUUUAUUCACAUUAACACAAUUUUCAACACCAUCGUGAGUUACAACCUCUUUGACAUGGAGGAAAAAUACAAAGUUGUAUAUGAGCGAUACUUUAAUCUGUUCAACCUAAACUUCAGUAACGUAGAAAUAUCCUUCGAUUUGCUUCUGAACCGGUUUGAAAGGAUAAUAAGGCUGGCCAGGAAGUACGAAGAUGAAGUUAUGGAGAGUGACAAAAGGAUCAACCAGAUGAAUAUUAAUGAAGCGAAUCUGUUCGAACGGGGGAAGAAGCUUGAAUACGACGUGGAGGUUCUAUCCAAGGAGAGGGAUAAGCUUCAACGGUUGGUGCAUCUAAAUGAGGAGGAAUUAAAACGAGUGCUUAACAAUCAGGUUGUUUUGCAAAACGAGUGCAAGGAACACAAGUGCAAACACGAUCAUCUACUGGAUAUGUAUGAACAGGUGAAGAAGGAGAAGCUCCUCAUAGAGGAGGAGCUCUCCACUAGGCAAAUUCGAAACGUUAAACUGAGCGAACAGAACGAUGAAAUGAUCAAAUUGUAUGAAAAGGAAAAGGCAUACCUCCACUCACUCAUACAGGAGGAAAAAGAGAACAACCAGUUUUUGAGAGAGAAAUUAAACUCCUUCUUCACCCUAAAUGAACAGAUAAAAUGUGACUACGAUAUUCGGUUAAGCAAUUUGAAUGGCCUUUGGGUGGAGGAGAAGGAACACAACAGGAAGAACGUCUCCGAUAUUAGUAGUCUGAAAAUGGAAAACAUGAACCUACUUCAGAGGAUUAAGGAUCUGGAGAGUAAAGGCUCUUUGAUGAAGAAGGAGCUGAACGAGCGGGUGAAGCAGGUGAAUGUGCUCCGGCACUGCAUGGCUGUAUCCGCAGCGGGGGAAAAAGAAGCAGACCAAGUGGACAACAUGGUUGAAGAGGAGGAAGGUAAAAAGCUUGGCGACCCUCCCCAAUCGGUGAACGUAACGGUAGGGUCGUUGCAUCUUCCUGUAGAGCAACGAGAAAGUGCCUACCACCAAUCUAUAAUAGACGAAUUGGAAUACAAAGCAGAAAAGGAGGUAAAGAUUAGGAAGUUGCAGGAAGGGAAGGCCGAUUUGGAAAGAGAAAUUAUGCAACUGAAGGGGGAGAAGGAAAUCCUCAUGGGGGUGAUUGAAACGUGGAGAAAUUUCAGUGCAUGCAGUAAGGAUGAAAUUAGGAGACUAAAAAAGAUGUGCAAUGAUCAGGUCGAAAAACAUAAAGAGUUCCUCCUGUUAAGCCAAUUGAAUGAAGAAAAGUUAAAUAAAAUAAAGGACCUCCUAGGAGUGGAACAAUCCAAGCACGCAAAGGAGUUAGACGAAACGAAGGACAAGCUGAACGAGCAGAUCGACCAGCUGCAAAGUGAACUAACGGAGAAGGAACUGGAAGUGAAGAAGCUUAAAUGGAAUUACGACCAGCUGGAAAUGAAAGUCGAAACGUUGGAGAGUGAGAAGAAAAAUCAUCUGAAUAUGAAACAGAAGGAGGAAGAAUAUAUUGCGCUGCUGAAAAAUGAUAAGGCGAAUUUGCAAACAGAACUGAAUGCACUUGUUGAGAAGUACCAAUCCCAAGUGGAGCAGAAUAAGAAGCUAAUCAACGAAAGGGACAUCAUAAUAAAUACACACAAGGAGGAAAUAAGUAAUUUAAAGGACCUUUUGGAAAAUUUAAAAAAAGACAACUCCCAUUUGAAUGAAAUGUUUAGAACACGGGUCAACCUAAACGACAACCAGAUUCUUAAGACGAGGUUAGAACAACUAAUGGAUGUGAAUAAAGACCUGCAGGAGGAGCUUCAUGAGAAUUGUGCCCUACGGGAUAAAGUAAACUUUGAGAACAGCGAACUGAAGCAGAAGCUACAAAUAGAGAAGGGGAAACUCCUCCAGCAGCAAAAGUACAUUUCGGAGUUGCAAACCAACCUAACGGAUAAAAAUGGGAUAGGUCAUAUGAAUAGUGAAUUCGUUGUAAGUCUAAAAGCGAAUUUACAAAAGAGUAGAAUAGAACUGCAGAACUUGGCGAAGGAGAUCGAGAAGGUCCAACUGAAUGAGGAGAAGUACGUGGUAAAAAUAAAAUUGUUGCAGAAUCAACUGUCCAGGAGGGAAGGAGAGAAAAAAAAGAUGGAGGAGCAAUUAAACCAGCUGAGCAGCGACCACGCCAUCCAGUUUAACAAAAUCAAAACCGACUUGGACGUCGUUAGUGAACAAAACAGAGUGCUUCGACUCGCCAAGGAGGAACACGAAAGGAAGAUUGAACAGCUGCAGAGGGAGAAUGAGUUUUUCCAGGCCACCAAGAAUAACGACACGAUAAUUGUAGAAAAGGAGAAGCUGCAAAGCCAAGUGAGGGAACACCUUGCCAUGAUUAACGCCAAGGAGAAGCAGAUCAUUGGGUUGAACUUUCAAAUUAGGAAGCUCACCAAUGAGAAUGCAGAAAUGAGGGCGCGUGUGCAAGAGAGGGUGGCCCAAGCAGAGGGGUCACCUUUGGAGGAAGCCAAUCCCUCCAACGUGUCGAUCGAAAUACACAAAUAUAUUAGCGAAAAUAUAGACCUCACUGCGGAGCUAGAAAACAGAAACGAAGUGAUUGAACAGUGCAGGGAAGAAGCAAAGCAGAAGGACAAGGAGAUUAAAAAACUACACGAGGAGAUCACCACGUUGUCUUCCAAUAUAGCAAAGAUGAAGGAGUCCCUCACCCUUAUGGAGCAAUACAAGGAUAGGAUUAAUAAGCACAUAAGGGAGAAGGACGACAUUAUCGAUGGGUUAAAGAAAAAGUGCAACAAGAAAAUGGACGAUUCACUCCAUGGGUAUAGCGGUACGAAUGGCUUCUCUGCUUUGGAAAAUGCCAUGAAUGCAUCAUCGGAGGAGAUUCUAAGUAGGUUGAAAAAUCUGUCUGGAGGGGAAGUACAAGUUGCAGGACAAUGCAUGAAUGGUAUUGACCCCCCCCCUAACGGAAGCGAACACAUAGUCGUUAUUAAGUGCAACAUCCUGAAGCUGUUUAAGUUGGGCUCCUGCUAUCUCUACAUAAUUAACCGUAACUUGAAGGAAAUUCAAAUUUUAAAAAAUCAAGUCAGCUCUCUUAAGCAGAGCAUACAGACGCAGAAUGAAUUUAUCCAAAGUUUGAAAACGAAAAAUGAAAAGAACGAAGUGAUCCAAGUGAACAACCUAGACCAAAUCGCGCAACUAAAGGAUAACAUACAGAUGAACGAAUGCUCCAUGCAAAGUUUAAGGACCAACCUGAAGAACACAGAAGAGGUUAAUAAACUCCAUGCAGUCAACCUGGGAAAGUACAAAAGCUUCAUUGGUCACCUCAUCCAACAGAAUAUAGUUAUCUGUAACAUUUUUAAAAUUGUAAAUUCUAGGAAGAGAGUAGAAGCUUCCAUACUGAAUCAACUGAGGAAUUUGAAAAAAGCCUUCCAUAUGUUCAUGUGUGACUCAAUCAUGGAUGAGCUACAGGGAAGUGCAGGUUAUGAGGACGCCACGGUGGUGAAGCAACAGGGGAAGUGGACCAACGUGAAUUACGAAGUCGUAGAGGAAGUCUUCCAGAAUGUUCAGAGAUUUGCCAACAAUUUUAAUUACAUGGUGGAAAAUGGAAAAGCCGAUUUUUUGAGUUUUCAAGGGGAACAAGGUGUUAAUAGUAGCAGCGCAUCUAAUGUUGAUGCGAGUGAAUCCUUGCAAGGAGAUCAACAGUGCGAAGAGCGUGCGUUCCCUUCCACUAGUGAUGUAGUCCCAAUAAUACAUUCUGGACGGAGUGAGAACCUUGUGGAGCAUCCAAAUGGGGAACAAAACCCCAAUAUGGUAAACCUUAAUGAUAGAGGGGUUGAUGACGACCAAGCAGAGGAAAAAGCAACCGAUGGGGAAUACCUCUUAAGGAAGGGAUCACACGAAAAAGUAGAACCCACCCAGGGGGGUGUAAUCAUCCCGUCAGAUGAACAGGACGCAAGUCAAGCAACGAACAACGAAACGUUGGAUCGGUAUCAGGAGAACGUUUCGGAAGACGACGACCAAUCAGAGAGACAAUCGUCAUGCACGCCAGAAGACACUAGUGGAAACGUCACUGGCUUCAUUCGAGGUAUCUUUCGAGGCAUCAUUCGGGAGAAGGAGGAGGAAAAUAUUUCUUCCCAUGAAUCAAGCGAGGAGGAUAGUCUUCCAGAUGAGGACGACGGAAGAUCCUCCCACCGAAGUGAAAACGAAUUAGUUGUAAAGAAUGAGGAAGACGCUGGUAUUGUUACCUCCGGCUUGGAAAACGGAGUGGACAAUUCGGCGUCAUGCGGGGGAGCAAGUCAUAAUGAGCCGGAUGAUACAAUCCAACCGCUUGAAGGGAAUAAAGCGGAACUGGAAGAUGGUGAGAAAAUUGACGUGGAUUUAUGCGUCGGUGUGGAAGUGGAGGAGGACAUAUCACAUAACGCGCCGCACGAUGAAGGGGAAGCCGAUGGUGAAGAGGAUGUUACGGGAGGGUUUACACCAAAAGGGGAGUUAUGCAACAUGGGAGGAGAAAUAACCCCCGAAGUGAUCGACCGCUCCAGGGAGAGUGAACAAGAAGAACCGCCAAGUAACGAACUGCAUAACGACAAGCUGCUACCAGAGGAGCUGCUGAGGGAGCAAGGUGAGGAGCAGUUAUGGACUCCUCCAACAAGCCGCGUGAUGAACGAGCUCAACGAACCCAAUGGUUGCGUGGUGAGUCCGUUUAGGUCUCAUGCGUCUGAAGUCAACUACGACACGGGGAAGGAAAAAGGAAUGAAAAAAAGAAAAUACAACUCCGACUCAGAAAUGGUAAACACGAUUUGGCCUACAUUUACGAGGCAUUUGAAGAAGCUGAAAAAAGCGGCUGAAGGUGUGCCCACUGUGAAUAAUCUACAGGAGGAGCAGCAACCGCAACAGCCUCAACAAUCGGAACAGCCGCAGAGGAGUGACCAGGAAAUGGGAGAAGAGGAACACGUCAGUCAUAGAAGUGAAGACUCCUUUCAACAGGAGGGGAGCUACAUGGGCGAUGGUGGGAGUUACCCCUACGAUGAGGAAGCAAGCAGAGAGGAUGACCUGAAAGAUGAAUUGUAUACACAUGAGAGGAGGGAAAACAAAUUUUUAGAGUCCGUCCAAGGGGUGGAUCAUGUAGGGGAGGUAGAGAACUCCAGAAGCCCCUACGAUGACGAUGAUGAUGAUGAUGCCGACCCGAACCUCCUGCAGAACAAUCAGUAUGAUGAAGGGGAAAAUCACGAAACGGAGAGCAACAGAAGUUGUUAUGUGAUUUCUUCGGAUGAGGAGUGUGAGGGGAAGGACGACAAUGGAAGGGCGGAACUUGCUGCGUUACAGCAGCGGGUUCGUGAUGACAUCGGCUACCAUGACAACGUGAAUGACGACAACGACGGAGACGAUGAAAAUGAUGACAAUAGUGAUGAUGAUGACAGAAUGGGUAAUUACGAAAAUGAAGAUGAUCAAACGGGUGAUGAGGAGGAGGACGAUGAAUCGGGUGGAGAGACGAACGAAGGCGAUGGCGAAGACACGAAUGAACACUUCGAACAUUAUGAAGAAUACAACGCGGCGGCAGAGGAGGAGGACUAUGAGCAGUACGAUGGGGGUAACUCCAAGGAUGAAAUGGGUGAAGAGGACCGCAUGGGUGAAGCGGACCAAACGGGGGAGGAGGAAGAAUAUGCCCAGUACGAUGAGUACAACCCGAGAAAUCCGGAAGGGGAAGAAGAAACUGACCAACAGGACGAACAAGGUGCAGGAAGAGGGCUGUCCGAAAAUGAACCCCUGGAUAGCUCCAACGAAAAUGCUGACAGUGCAAGCAACACCUCCUAUCGUUACCAUGGUGAAAGUUCCAAUGAUGAGCGCCCCAACAAUGAUUUUUCCAGGUCUACACAUUCCGACGGGAACAGUGAACCGGGGGAGGAACACCCCGUUAUGUUCAACCGGUCAUAUGUAAACCUGGCACAGAAUGAAGUGUCCUAUGAGGAGAAUGUGGAUCAAGAAGGGGGAGCCAUUAGCAUACCGUCUUCGCAUGAAAACAAUGAGGAAGUAUUUGACAAUCAGGGGGCGGACACAGAUGGGGGUGCGGAAGGCGACGCCGAGGAGGGCGAACAAGACGAGCAGGAUGCCCAAGAGGACUAG